CCCAGCUCAAAAAAGUGCGAGAAACGUCAAAAAUAUUCAAGUCAUUGCAAAUCAACAAAUUUCGGAGGGUUUUUAAUCAAUUUUCUAAAGUAUUUACGCGAAUUUAACAUUAAAAAACAUCAAAAUGCAACACUCAAUGAAAGUCCCACAAGAGAUGCCCGAAACCUUCAACAAGCCAGUUGGGCAUUCGAUGCCUUACGAGAAGAAUUGCCGGAGUCAAUUGGUUCCCGAACAUCCCGUACAAAGAAGUGUCGAAAACUUUGAAAUGCACCGACACAAAUUGAACAUGCAAAUGUUGCGCGAACGCGAAGGAAUUGCCGCACCUUUGAAGAUUACGAUGGAGUUGAAAGCAGUCGCAAAGACGGGACAUCUUCCCUUUUUGCCAUCCAGCAACGUGCAUCGUGACGUCUUGAUGGGCAACGAUGAAGUGAUCCAAUUUAGCGAUUUCUUGAACACUUAUGAAUUUUCAGAAUUUACACGUCAACCUCACGCUGUCGUCGAAAAGCAACUUGGGAUCUAAGAACUAUUUAAUUGAUUAAACUUGAAAUUUUUUUUGCAACAAAA